AUCCCAGAGCCAACUACCUCGCCAACCUCCUCCAAUCCUUCAUCACCAAGCGAUCCCUCCGCCCCGGCAAAGCCGUCCACGCCCAAAUUUUCUCCGCCGGCCUCUCCGCCGACACCUUCCUCUCCAAUCGCCUCAUUGAGCUCUACUCCCAUUGCAAAGCUCUCAGCUACGCCACCAAAGUCUUCCACUCCAUCCCCCACCCCAAUGUCUUCUCCUGGAACGCCAUCAUCUCGGCCUGCUCAAAAGCCAGCGAUUUGGAAGUCGCCCACCAACUAUUCGAUCAAAUGCCCGACAAGAAUGUUGUGUCGUGGAACACCAUGAUCGGUGCCCUGGCGCGGGGUGGGUCGGAAGGAAAGGCAUUGGAUUUGUAUUACAUGAUGAUUGAGGAAGGACUCUUGCCGACCAAUUUCACCUUUGCUAGUGUGUUGAGUGCCUGUGGGAACCUAAUGGCUUUGGAAGAUGGGAGGCAGUGCCAUGGGCUCGCUGUGAAGGUUGGUCUCCAUGAGAAUUUGUUCGUGGAGAAUGCAUUGCUUGGCAUGUACACCAAGUGUGGAAGUGUUAGUGAUGCAUUCGAGAUAUUUGAUGCAAUGGCACGGCCGAAUGAGGUGUCGUACACUGCCAUGAUGGGUGGUUUGGUGCAGAGUGGUUCUGUUGAGGAAGCUGCGAGCUUGUUCGGAAAGAUGCACAGGAAUGUAAUUCCUAUUGAUCCGGUUGCAGUUUCGAGCAUUGUGGGUGCUUGUGCCAGAGCACAGGAUGAGGAAUCAGGUUUGCUUAAUCAAAAUUCUCGGCUUUAUGGGAUUUUACUUGGCCAAUCGAUACAAGCUCUUUCAAUUAAGUAUGGAUUUGAAUCAGAUUCCCAUGUGGGCAAUUCACUGAUUGAUUUGUAUGCAAAGCAUGGUGACAUGAAUGAGGCAGAAGAGGUGUUCAACUCACUGCCUGGUGUUAAUGUUGUUUCGUUUAAUAUUUUGAUAGCCGGGUAUGGUCAGAGAGGUGACAGCAAAAAGGCAAUAAAUAUGUUGAAACUAAUGCAGCAAUCUGGUUUUGAACCUGAUGAGGUGACUUACAUCAGCUUGUUAGCUGCUUGUGUCAAGUCUGGCAACAUUGCAGCUGCUCGAGAGAUGUUUGAUAAGAUAGCAAGCCCGAAUGUGACUUCGUGGAAUGCUAUACUUUCUGGGUACUGCCACGAGGAAAGCUAUCAAAAAGCAAUUGAAUUGUUUCGAAAAAUGCAGUUUCAAAAUGUCCAGCCAGAUCGAACCACUUUGGCUGUUAUCCUUAGCUCAUGUUCAGGAAUUGGGCUUCUGAACUUUGGAAAACAGGUCCAUGCUGCUUCCAUAAGGGCCAUGCUUCACAAUGACAUGUUUGUUGCUAGUGGACUGGUGGAUAUGUACUCAAAAUGUGGGCACAUCAAGGAGGCGAGGCAGGUUUUUGAUCGCAUGCCGGAGAGGGAUGUUGUUAGUUGGAAUUCAAUGAUAGGUGCCCUUGCUCUCCACUCAUUUAGCAAGGAAGCUUUUACUUUCUUUAAGCAGAUGCGAGAAAAUGGCAUGUCUCCCACUGAAUUUUCCUAUGCAAGUGUGAUAACUUCAUGUGCUAGAUUGUCUUCAUUGCCUCAAGGAAGGCAAAUCCACGCCCAGAUAGUGAAAAAUGGAUGCAAUCACAAUAUCUAUGUGGGGAGUUCUUUGAUAGAUAUGUAUGCCAAAUGUGGAGAUGUCAAUGAGGCACGGCAAUUUUUUGAUAGCAUGCCGAUGAAGAAUAUUGUUUCAUGGAAUGAGAUGAUACAUGGAUAUGCUCAAAAUGGCUGUGGCGAGAAAGCUGUUGAACUCUUCGAAUACAUGCUGAGUACUGAAGAGAAGCCGAAUAGUGUGACAUUUAUUGCUGUUCUUACUGCAUGUAGCCAUUCAGGAAUGGUUGAUGAAUGUAUGAAUUACUUGGAUUCCAUGGAAAAGGAGCAUGGAAUCAAGCCAAUGGCUGAUCAUUACACCUGUGUAAUUGAUUGUCUGGGUCGUGCCGGUCGCCUCAAGGAAGCAGAAAUGAUAAUAGACCAAAUGCCAUGUAAAGAUGAUCCUAUUUUAUGGGAGGUCCUGCUUAGCGCUUGUGCUGUUCAUGGAAAUGCAAACUUGGGAAAACAAGCUGCAGAUCAGCUCUUUCGCCUGGAUCCACAGAAUUCCUCACCCUAUGUGCUUCUGUCCAAUAUAUAUGCUGCUCUAGGCCGAUGGAAUGAUGCAUCUGCUGUGAGAGCAUUGAUGUGUGAGCGGGGGGUGGCAAAGGACCGAGGGUAUAGCUGGAUAGACAACAAGAGAGGUGUUCGUGCUUUUAUGGUUGAUGAUCUGGGGAUUGUGGAUGGCGAAGAUAAUCCUCUUGGUACAAUGCAAAUUGGCAAAAAAGAUGAACUCUACAUGGCUUCAUGAGGACUUUGGGAUGCCCUUCUGUUAUUAUGGAUUACUGGUGACCAAUUUUGUUCAGGUAAUUGAAGCAUGGGACCAGGCAUGCAAUGGUUGUGAUGCACAAACAAUAGAUAAACUUUCGAGCCGGCAUGGUGGUUGGUUGCUAUGGAACCAUCCAAACGAUUGUCUUUAAGUGAAACUGAAAGGCAGCUCUCUGUGCCAGCUAAUAUUUCUUUACAUCUGGUCCUGCAAGAGUUGAAUCCUUGCUCAAGGAACCUUGCUUUUAGUAAGGGCUCAUACUUUGAUCACAUUUUGACACCUUGCCACUCUGUGGCAUUUUUUGCUCUUCUGCUACCACCCAGCAGUGAAAGAAGGAAUGCACAGGUAAAUUAUACCGCUUUCAUAUUGUUCUGGUAAGUCAUAUGUAGCAUAGGAGAACAAUAGUUACAGAGAAGUGGAACAAAGAAGAGAGUUGCAGAAUUUAUAUUGGAGGAAAGGAGGAAUUUAAAACCUUGCAGCAUAAUGAGGAAAUUAGUUGUGAUUAGCAAGCUGAAAGGACACUACAGGACUGCCAUUUGAGGACCUACUACAGGUGAGUCCAGACUGCUCUACCAUGAUACAUUCUUAUGUUUAAGGUGCACUGUUUCCUCUAAUCUUGACAACAAGACUAAUCUGAGGCUUCUGAUGUUUUGACCUAACAAAGAUGCAGGAGGUAGAGUUACUCAUUCUGUUUGGAUUCUGUGCUUGUAAAUUUUCAUCACUCUGUUAUGCUACCAAACGGUGUGCACUCAAGGCUAUGGUAUCAUAUUGACAUGAAAGAUUCAAUUGAAUCAAUGAGAUACUCAAUCAGGAAAUCAUCUGAAAGGUUCAUAUGUUUAUUUCAGUGCUUGAGACAGAGAGGAACACUCACAAUUAAUUCAAUUCCAGGGACACCACUAGAACCAAGUUGUCGAAUUAGCAUCAUGGGGAAGCCUGAGUAGCUGUGCUAAAUAGAUUUCAGGGCAGAGGAUGGCCAUGUAAAAGAAAGGGAAACACCUUUGGUAGAAAUUUUUGAUUGACCAAAAUGGAUUAAGAUUCUUUACUAAAUGCUGACAGGCCUAUUUAUCUUUGUAGUAAUGGCAUAUUCAGUGUUUAGUUUUAAGUCCAGGUCCUUGGAUGAUCAUUUCUGACAUUUUUCUUUUCCUGAUCCUCAGUGCAAGCAUAUCCUGCUUGAAGCAUUAUGACCGAAGUGCCCCAUUAUUGGUGAUAUAUGAACCAUGUAAAGUUCGCAAGGCACAUCAGAGAGUUGCACGCUACGCCCAUGGCAGUACUCGAAAGGAAAUUUCUUGCAAGCACCAAACCAGCAUAUUUAGAUGCCGUAAAACAAAAUUUCUGCUACUAAUUCGUAUGUUUUAUCUAACCAAUUUGCUCAUUUGCUGUACGUUACCUUGAAAUGUUCAACAUAACUUGUUUCUCUCCAACAUAAUGGCUGCAUAAAGACUGAAAAAAACGUGAGGCAUACGGUAGAAUGACAUUAAAAUUGAAAUGAAUGCCGUUUGAAAUUGUAACUGAUAUAGUUUAACCGGUUAGAACAUGCCUAAUA